UCGGUCGAGAGGAGGGUGCAGUUAUUUCUUGAGCUUUCAAGAUUUUAGGUCGGCUUUAAAAGCAGGGAGGGUGCGCAUAUGAACUCACGUUUCUUUGAUUUUGGAUUAUUAUAUUUCUGGACAUAAUCGCUGUCAAGGAGUUCAAUGUUAGCCUAUUGUCGCGGAAAUAGCUAUAAACGGUUUGGUUCGCUAGCCUCCAAAGUAAAGAAAAUGAAUCUUAGAAUGCAACAACGUUGAGUUUCUCCGUAGCGAAGUUUGAAUGCAGCAAUAACUCUUCUCUUUCAUAUUUGAUGGUGUUUUUACUUCGUAUUGGGGGAUCAUUGUACCCGUUCGCGGAUAUGAAUCCAGCGUUUGCCCUAGUUUUCAUGUAGGCUAACAUUGCCUGCGAGGCUUGCGCUGAGGAUCAAAAUACCAGGAAAGAGGACUUGAAAGUAAUUAAAUUUUCGUAAAUGGAUCGCCAUUCCAGUUUCAUUUCCAUCUGGCUUCAGUUGGAACUUUGUGCCAUGGCUGUUCUACUAACAAAAGGAGAAAUAAGGUGUUACUGUGACGCAACGCAGUGCGUGGCCACCGGUUACAUGUGUAAAUCGGAACAAAAGGCCUGCUUCACCAAGUUAUUGGACCCUCAGAACACGAACUCUCCUCUCACUCACGGGUGUUUGGAUCCCAUGGUGAACGUAGCUGAUGUGUGCAGCCCCAGAACUGCCGAUGAUUUGACGGGGGGCUCCUCCAAAAUUGAGUGCUGUCACGAGGAUAUGUGCAAUUACCGAGGCCUGCACGAUCUUGCGCAGAACAGAGGAGACUCUUCAGACCACGGAGGCCGGUACCAGCCCGAGAACGGCAGGAACCUAAUCACCCGUGUGCAGGAGCUGGCCUCAGCCAAGGAGGUGUGGUUCCGCGCGGCGGUGAUUGCCGUGCCCAUCGCCGGGGGGCUGAUCCUGGUGCUGCUGAUCAUGCUGGCCCUGCGCAUGCUGCGCAGCGAGAACAAGCGUCUGCAGGACCAGCGGCUGCAGAUGCUGUCGCGCCUCCACUACAGCUUCCACGGACACCAUGCCAAGAAGGGCCAUGUGGCCAAGCUGGACCUGGAGUGCAUGGUGCCCGUCACGGGCCAUGAGAACUGCUGUCUGACGUGCGACAAGAUGCGGCAGUCGGACCUGGGCAACGACAAAAUCCUCUCGCUGGUGCACUGGGGGAUGUACAGCGGGCACGGGAAGCUGGAGUUCGUAUGAUCCGGGGACGGAGACGAGGCUUGUUCGCUUCGCCGCGGACGUCUUUCAGUCCGUUUCCGUUUCCCAUCACCGUUGUUGACGCCGGUUCUGCGAAUUCCGGAAAAGUUCGGCUUUUUACAACGGAAACGAUACAAGCAAACGCAAGCCUCGCGGUUUCGCUAAGGAGCACUUUACUUGAAAUAAAAGCUGAAUCAGCAAGGAGUCGUCGAUACGGCGAGCGCGAAAGAGGACGCUUGGCGCAGGCCCAGAGAAUCCUGGACUUUUACUGAUUGCUGAAGGAUUCAAAAUUUUGUCUUAUUUGCACAUUUGUAAAAAAAAAUAAAAUAGGUUUUCCUUUAAAAAGAAGCUAGAGAAAAUCACUGACACCAGGGUACAAAAGGACUUUGAGGAGUAAAAAAAUUCAGUGUUAACUGUAGCUGUGCACACUCCUCUGUGUAUGUUUAUUGUAAAGAUUUUAAAUAUAUAUUUUUUGUCGAAUAA